AUGGAAUCCCAUCUAUUAUAUCAUAAUGGCGAUUCUCCCCCGCUGGUGAUUGAUAUGUUUCACAGGAAUAAAUUGAAUGGUUGGAUCGAUUUCAAACGUCUAAAAUGUACUGUCAGUGAAUUAAAAUAUUUCUUAACCCACUUUCAUUCUGAUCACUAUGGAGGAAUUGGUAAGACUUGGUCCAACACUAUAUACACAAGCCAUAUCACUGGUACAUUAGUGGAAAAGGUUUUGGGUGUAAAUCCAAAGUAUAUUUGCAAAUUACAACUCAACAGAGUUUAUAAACUAUGCAAUUUUACAUUCAGUUUUGUGGGUGCUAACCACUGUCCUGGAUCUGUGAUGAUAAUUUUUGAGUUUGUUUCUGGUAAAAGAAUCCUACAUACUGGAGAUUUCCGCUAUCACAACACAAUACUAAAAUCACUUAAUAUUCAAGCACCAGAUACGACUUGUGAUUUGUCUGAUGUUGAUCUAUUAUUUCUAACUGAUUAUGAAAGUGAUGAUUCUAAUCAUGAUACUGAGUUGAAAUUAGUUGACAAAACUGCAACGCUUAUUGAUGCAAAUGUUAUAUUUGACAUCGUCCUAAUGGAUACCACAUUUUCACUUAUAAAAGGUGUUUUCCCAACACAAGAUGUAGUGAUAGCACAAGUGAUUGAAGAUGUAUCCAAUCAUUUGAAGGAAUGCUCUGGGAAGUGUUUGUUUUUGUUCGGCUCGUAUUUACUGGGUAAGGAGCGUUUGUACUUCUCAGUGGCUCAUAAAUUUGCUAUGCCUAUUGUAUUCGCCAACCAAAAGCAGCACAAAAUCAUAACUUCACUGCCACUUAAAUCAAAAUACUUUUCAUUAAUCUCCAAUACACAUGAUAUAAAUGGUAAUGACAUCACAAACGGCGUCACUGGAAUAAUACACAUAGUAUCUCUGCAUUUGCUUGGCACAGUGUAUCCAAGAUUCAUACCCAACAUGAAAUGGAUUGAGAAUUAUCUAACUGAAGUUAAUAAUAACACAGCUAGUUGUGCAGAGUUUGACCGUGUAGUUGCUUAUUUGCCUACUGGAUGGGCUCACAAGUUCCAUAUGAAGUCAAAUCAGUAUAAAAAUGUUUAUGCAACGUCUGUAUCGUACAGUGAACACUCGAGUGCAAGUGAAAUUGAACAAUUUGUAUCAGUACUUAAACCCAGACAAAUAAUUCCCUCUGUUUAUUCGAAUCAAAAUGAACGGGAACAGAUAUUGUUGAUGUACUCUAAAUACACGAAGCACAACAAUCAUUCUAAAAGUGCCAAAAAUGAAGUCAUAAAGAAUGAAGGUGGGACUGUAAAAACUGUAAAGCGUAUGAGACAGCAGGUGUUGGACGAAUUUUACGCCAAAUAG